GGACCACAAUUACAACUAAACCUUUUUCCUUUUUUCUUUUCUUUUUCUAUAAAUAAAACCACACAAACAUCUUACCAUUAAUCCAAUCAAAUCCCACUUCUCUUUUUUCAUUCUCUCCAAAAAAAAUUAUGGCUUUAACAUUACGUUCAUCAACUUCUUUUCUUAGUCCUAAGGACACCAUAGGCUUGAAAACACCAAAUCAUGAGUUGUUUUCUUCAAGCUCAAUUUGCUUUGGUCAAACCAAGCCCAUUAGAGCAAAGAAUAAUUCAAUAAUCCAAGCAACAACUACUCAUCAUCAAAUCUCUCAUGAAACUGUUUUCACAAGUGUAGAGAAUAAGCACCACCAUGCAUUUACUUCUUCAUCACCUCAUGCUACCAAACAUGACACAAGAGUGCCUGUUUUUGUUAUGCUUCCAUUGGACACAGUGGGCCAUGGAGGGCACUUGAACAAGCCAAGAGCCAUGAAUGCAAGUCUCAUGGCCUUGAAGAGUGCAGGAGUUGAAGGAAUCAUGGUUGAUGCUUGGUGGGGUUUGGUUGAGAAAGAAGGACCUCUUAAGUACAAUUGGGAAGGAUAUGCUGAGCUUGUUCAAAUGGCUCAAAAGCUUGGCUUGAAGCUUCAAGUUGUUAUGUCUUUUCAUCAAUGUGGUGGAAAUGUUGGAGACUCUUGCAGUAUUCCUCUACCUCCAUGGGUGCUUGAAGAGAUUAGCAAGAACCCAGAUAUUGUUUACACAGACAGAUCAGGAAGGAGAAAUCCAGAGUACAUCUCUUUAGGAUGUGAUGCAAUGCCUAUUCUCAGAGGAAGAACCCCAAUUCAAGUCUAUUCAGAUUUCAUGAGGAGUUUUCGUGACAGAUUCAGUGAUUAUUUGGGCGAUGUUGUUGUGGAAGUUCAAGUAGGAAUGGGUCCUUGUGGUGAGCUGAGAUACCCAUCUUAUCCAGAAAGCAAUGGAACUUGGAGGUUUCCUGGAAUAGGAGAAUUUCAAUGCUAUGACAAGUAUAUGAGAGCUUCAUUACAAGCAUCAGCAUUAGGUAUUGGUAAGAAAGAUUGGGGAAAAAGUGGACCACAUGACACAGCCAAAUACAGCCAAUUCCCUGAAGAAUCAGAGUUUUUCAAAAGAGAUGGAACUUGGAACACUGAUUAUGGUCAAUUCUUCCUUGAAUGGUACUCCAAAAAAUUGUUGGCUCAUGGUGAUGACAUCUUAGCAGCUGCACAAGGAGUAUUCCGAGGCACGGGAGCAAAACUAUCCGGGAAAAUAGCAGGGAUACACUGGCACUACAAUACAAGAUCACACGCGGCGGAAUUAACUGCAGGCUAUUACAACACCAGACACCAAGAUGGUUACCUUCCAAUAGCACAAAUGUUUGGGAGACAUGAUGCUGUGUUUAACUUCACUUGUAUGGAAAUGAAAGACGGGGAACAACCCGAACACGCGAAUUGCUCACCGGAAGGAUUAGUUAGACAAGUGAAAAGGGCUACUAAGUUGGCUAGAGUUGAACUUGCUGGUGAGAAUGCAUUGGAGAGGUAUGAUUCUAGUGCAUUUGGACAAGUUUUGAACACAAGUAGGUCAGAUUCUGGUAAUGCCUUGUGUGCAUUUACAUAUCUAAGAAUGAACAAGAGAUUGUUUGAGCCAGAAAAUUGGAGAAAUUUGGUUGAAUUUGUGAGGAACAUGUCUGAAGGUGGUAGGCAUAAAAGAAUUUGUGAGGAGUUUGAUUUUAGUGGGAGUGAGCUUUAUGUUGGACUUGUUAAAGCUAAUUGUGUCAAUAAAGCAAAGGAGGCUGCUCUUGUGUAGAUUAUUAUGUUCAUGUAUAAAAAACAAAGAGAGCAUAGAUUAGUGUGUUACUAUAUAUAAUAGAGAAGUGUAUAGCAUGAGAUACAAGGCAGAAAUACAUAUAUUUUGCAUUUAUAACCAAUAACUCAGAAAGUUUCUUGGGAUUACUAGAAAAGCAAUGUUAUUGUGUAUAAAUUACAUUUUAUUCUGGUCAAUAUUUGUGUAUUAUUCAUAGAAUUCUCUGACAUAAACAAUGCAAGUUCAUAUUUCUAUGAGUUGUUGAUUUUGUUCACUUUUGAAUUAGUUCAAUUAUAACAAGUAAUAUUUCCUUUGA